GACAAAUUAACCGAGAAGUGGGGGAGGCGUAAUACGGCAGCCGGGGUUAAUAUUGGAAAGGUCGACUAAGUCCGCUACCUCGCCGUAAGACGAGAUAUUUUGCGAAGUAUCUACAAAAAGACGCGUGUAAAGAGCCUCAAAUAUAAGUAUAUGUCAACGGAAACCCCUAAAGAUGGAACCGGAAGUGAAUAUUGUGAACGCACCUGUUAAGUCAGCUAUAUGUCUAGACGUGAUAGUCAUAGGUGCUGGGUUAAGCGGUCUCGGGGUCGCUAUCGCAACUGCGCUCUCUGGCCACCGCGUAACUGUUUUCGAAGCUGCCGCCGGGCUUCACGAGGUAGGAGCCGGAAUACAGGUUACCCCUAACUCAUCGCGGAUCUUACAGCGAUGGGGCGUUUCCGAUGAGCUAUGGGCUUCGGCUGCAGAGCCGACGUACUUUGCCGUUCGCAAAUACACCGGCGGGAUCCUGCUUCUGGAGAAGGAUUUCGACAAGGCGAUGCGAUCAAAAUACGAAGCGCCCUUUCUCGAACUGCAUCGCGUCGAUUACCAAACAUCACUCUACAAGCGUGCGAAAGAGCUCGGCGUCCAAUUCCGAUUCGGAACUAGGGUCGCUAAGGUGGACUUCGAGACAGGAGAAGUCAUCAGCCAGUCCGGGUUGCGAGCGCGGGGCGACCUGGUCGUUGCCGCCGAUGGCUUAUGGUCUCUAUGUAGAGCCCAGUUCCUCCCCAAGGACUUCGAGGGCGUUCCUAGGCCGACAGGCGACCUGGCAUACCGACUAACGCUGAAAUUAGACCAGAUCCAGGACCCGGAGUUGAGGGGGUGGGUGCAAAUCCCGUCCUGUAACGUAUGGAUAGGACCCAAGUCGCACGUUGUCGGAUACGCCUUGCGAGGUGGUACUGAGUAUAACCUUGUGUUGAUAACCCCGGACGACCUUCCGAGUGGUGUUACCCAACAGAGCGGCGAUGUUGAGGAGAUGAAAGCCCUCUUUAAAGGUUGGGACCCGAUAUUGGACAGGUUUCUCGCCGUUGCCAGCGCAGUCAAGAAAUGGAAAUUGAUGUAUCGGGAGGAGAUGCGCAGAUGGGUUCACGAAUCUGAGCAUGGCAAUUUCGUAUUUGUUGGCGACUCCUGCCACCCUAUGCUCCCAUACCUUGGGCAAGGGGCCAAUCUAGCCAUCGAAGACGGCGCUGUGCUCGGCCGCUUACUGGGACAUAUCCAAGCCAAGAACCAGCUUGGGUGGGUGUUGAGGAUGCACGAGCAGCUUCGAAAACCACGGGCAGACGCGGUGGUGAAGGAAGUAUUCCAACAGCGCAAUGUAUUUCACAUGGUGGACGGACGUCAGCAACAGGCGCGAGACGAAAUACUGUUGUCGCAAGUGAGAGAGGGGACGGAGGGCGAGCCAUUUCCGAUCCGCUGGUGUUGUCCUCGAGUUCAACCCUGGCUUUUCGGCUACGAUGCCUACGUAGAGGUCGAUAAAGCUGUCAGGGAGAAUCCCUUGAGCCUCGGGGAAAAUGGAAAUGCAUCCGCGGGAAAGGAAGAUAGUGGCGUGUUCGAGGGAAAUUAAUGUCCUCUAUACCUGCGGUUGAUCUGGUAUUAGGUAGCAGUUGUGCUGCUUUUCCCGCUGUUGGCUCGCGGUGUGGUGACCGAGAGGCACCCGCGUGAGCUAUUAGAUCGUCAUGGAAUCAGGUAGAGUUAAUAUAAUA